GGGACAUCACACAGAAGGGAUAUGAAAAGAAAAGGUCCAAACUCCUGUCUCCUUACAGCCCACAGACACAAGAAACUGAUUCAGCAGCACAGAAAGAACAUCGAAACCAGACACCUGCUCCAUCUGCAACUCAAACUUCCGCUCCCUCUAAGUACCACCGAUCUCGAUCUGGGGGAGCCAGGGAUGAACGAUACCGGUCAGAUAUCCACACAGAAGCUGUUCAAGCUGCACUGGCAAAGCAUAAAGAACAGAAGAUGGCUUUGCCCAUGCCGACCAAAAGGCGGUCCACGUUUGUCCAGUCUCCUGCAGAUGCCUGCACACCUCCGGACACGUCUUCGGCCUCUGAGGAUGAGGGCUCUCUGAGACGCCAAGCUGCGCUCUCUGCUGCCUUGCAACAGAGCUUACAGAAUGCUGAGUCCUGGAUCAACCGUUCAAUUCAGGGAUCGUCCACUUCUUCAUCCGCAUCUUCUACGCUGUCUCAUGGAGAGGUCAAAGGAACCAGUGGGUCUCUAGCUGAUGUAUUUGCCAGUACUCGAAUAGAGAACUUCUCUGCUCCCCCCGAUGUCACUACAACUACCUCUUCCUCCUCAUCAUCUUCCUCAAUACGCCCAGCAAAUAUUGACCUGCCCCCCUCGGGGAUAGUUAAAGGCAUGCACAAAGGAUCCAACAGGUCCAGCCUUAUGGAUACCGCUGAUGGUGUUCCUGUCAGCAGCAGAGUAUCCACAAAAAUACAGCAACUUCUCAACACUCUGAAACGACCGAAAAGGCCUCCCUUAAAGGAAUUUUUUGUGGAUGACUCUGAAGAAAUUGUGGAAGGUAUACCUCAGCCAGACCCCAACCAGCCCAAGCCUGAGGGACGGCAGAUGACCCCUGUGAAGGGAGAGCCUUUAGGAGUCAUCUGUAACUGGCCUCCUGCUCUUGAAUCUGCCCUGCAGCGCUGGGGCACCACGCAGGCCAAAUGCUCCUGUCUGACUGCACUGGACGUGACAGGGAAGCCAGUUUACACUCUGACAUAUGGGAAGUUGUGGAGCAGAAGUUUGAAGUUGGCCUACACACUGCUUAAUAAACUGGGGACCAAAAAUGAGCCUGUGUUAAAACCUGGAGACAGGGUAGCCCUGGUUUAUCCCAACAAUGAUCCGGUCAUGUUUAUGGUGGCUUUUUAUGGCUGUCUCCUGGCAGAAGUGAUUCCAGUGCCUAUAGAGGUACCUCUUACCAGAAAGGAUGCUGGAGGUCAACAGAUUGGCUUCUUGCUAGGAAGCUGUGGCAUUGCCUUAGCUCUUACCAGUGAAGUUUGUCUAAAAGGACUGCCAAAAACCCAGAAUGGAGAAAUUGUACAAUUUAAAGGUUGGCCCCGGCUCAAAUGGGUUGUAACAGAUUCCAAGUACCUUUCAAAGCCACCUAAAGACUGGCAACCCCACAUCUCACCUGCUGGUACAGAACCAGCAUACAUUGAGUAUAAAACCAGCAAAGAAGGGAGUGUAAUGGGAGUUACAGUAUCCCGGCUUGCAAUGUUGUCUCACUGCCAAGCUCUGUCGCAGGCCUGCAAUUAUUCUGAAGGGGAAACAAUAGUAAAUGUUUUAGACUGUAAAAAGGACGCUGGACUGUGGCACGGCAUGUUUGCGAAUGUAAUGAACAAGAUGCAUACAAUUAGUGUACCAUACUCCGUUAUGAAGACCUGUCCUCUCUCUUGGGUCCAAAGAGUACACGCUCACAAAGCUAAGGUAGCUUUAGUAAAAUGUCGAGACUUACACUGGGCUAUGAUGGCACAUCGAGACCAAAGAGAUGUGAGCUUGAGUUCCCUGCGAAUGUUGAUUGUGACUGAUGGAGCUAAUCCCUGGUCUGUGUCAUCCUGUGAUGCCUUCCUGAGUCUGUUCCAAAGCCACGGGCUGAAACCUGAGGCCAUCUGUCCGUGUGCUACGUCUGCCGAAGCCAUGACCGUGGCCAUCCGCAGGCCUGGAGUUCCAGGGGCCCCUUUGCCAGGGAGAGCCAUUCUCUCAAUGAAUGGAUUGAGCUAUGGAGUAAUACGGGUCAAUACCGAAGAUAAAAAUUCAGCGCUAACGGUCCAGGAUGUGGGGCAUGUGAUGCCUGGUGGGAUGAUGUGCAUUGUGAAACCAGAUGGACCUCCCCAACUCUGCAAAACAGAUGAAAUCGGAGAAAUCUGUGUUAGUUCCAGAACUGGAGGCAUGAUGUACUUUGGGCUUGCUGGUGUGACAAAAAAUACAUUUGAGGUGAUUCCAGUGAAUUCUGUAGGCUCUCCUGUUGGAGAUGUGCCAUUCAUCCGGUCUGGACUGCUGGGCUUCGUAGGGCCAGGUAGUCUGGUGUUUGUGGUUGGAAAAAUGGAUGGAUUACUGAUGGUUAGCGGUCGAAGGCAUAAUGCUGAUGACAUUGUUGCUACUGGAUUGGCAGUUGAGUCAAUAAAGACUGUUUAUAGGGGAAGAAUUGCUGUGUUUUCUGUGUCUGUAUUUUAUGAUGAGCGCAUUGUGGUGGUUGCGGAACAAAGACCUGAUGCUUCGGAGGAAGACAGUUUCCAGUGGAUGAGCCGCGUGUUACAGGCAAUUGACAGCAUUCAUCAAGUGGGAGUUUAUUGUCUUGCUCUGGUGCCUGCCAACACAUUGCCAAAGACUCCACUGGGAGGGAUCCAUAUAUCUCAGACAAAGCAGCUCUUCCUGGAGGGAUCUCUACAUCCUUGCAAUAUCCUCAUGUGCCCACAUACAUGUGUGACGAAUUUGCCAAAACCCCGGCAAAAGCAACCAGGUGUGGGUCCUGCUUCUGUGAUGGUUGGGAAUCUGGUUGCCGGGAAACGCAUCGCACAAGCUGCUGGAAGGGAUCUGGGGCAAAUUGAAGAAAAUGAUUUAGUGAGGAAGCACCAGUUUCUGGCUGAGAUUUUACAGUGGCGAGCCCAGGCAACUCCUGACCAUGUACUCUUCAUGCUGCUAAAUGCCAAGGGAACUACUGUGUGCACAGCUAGCUGCCUUCAGCUUCAUAAGCGAGCGGAAAGGAUUGCCUCAGUUCUUGGUGAUAAAGGACAUCUCAAUGCAGGAGACAAUGUGGUGUUGCUCUACCCGCCUGGCAUCGAGCUAAUUGCUGCGUUCUAUGGCUGCCUAUAUGCGGGGUGCAUCCCUGUGACCGUCCGACCUCCUCACGCCCAGAACCUUACUGCUACGUUGCCCACUGUCCGCAUGAUUGUUGAUGUCAGCAAAGCAGCCUGUAUUCUCACCACUCAGACGCUCAUGCGGCUACUGAGGUCCCGCGAGGCGGCAGCAGCUGUAGACGUGAAAACCUGGCCGACCAUCAUUGACACAGAUGAUUUACCCAGGAAAAGGUUACCCCAGCUGUAUAAACCACCCACUCCUGAGAUGUUGGCAUAUCUUGACUUCAGCGUCUCCACAACUGGCAUGCUUACAGGAGUGAAGAUGUCCCACUCUGCAGUAAAUGCUCUUUGCAGAGCCAUCAAGCUCCAGUGUGAGUUGUACUCUUCUCGGCAGAUCGCCAUCUGCCUUGACCCUUACUGCGGACUUGGCUUUGCACUCUGGUGUCUCUGCAGCGUCUACUCGGGUCACCAGUCCAUCUUAAUUCCUCCUAUGGAGUUAGAAAACAACCUUUUCCUCUGGCUUGCCACUGUCAACCAGUACAAAGUAAGGGAUACUUUCUGCUCCUAUUCAGUGAUGGAGCUCUGCACUAAAGGGCUUGGAAACCAAGUGGAGGUGCUGAAGACGAGAGGGAUCAACCUCUCCUGCAUCCGGACGUGUGUGGUGGUGGCGGAGGAGCGGCCCCGCAUUGCCCUGCAGCAGUCCUUCUCCAAGCUCUUCAAAGACAUCGGCCUGUCUCCUCGGGCCGUCAGCACCACUUUUGGAUCAAGAGUCAAUGUAGCAAUAUGUUUACAGGGAACCUCAGGGCCUGAUCCAACUACUGUAUACGUAGAUCUGAAGUCAUUAAGACAUGACAGGGUUCGUCUUGUGGAACGGGGUGCCCCCCAGAGUUUGCUCCUCUCCGAGUCUGGAAAGAUUUUACCUGGAGUGAAAGUGGUUAUCGUGAAUCCUGAGACCAAAGGGCCUGUGGGAGACUCUCACCUUGGAGAGAUUUGGGUGAACAGUCCUCACACAGCCAGUGGCUACUACACCAUCUAUGACAGCGAGACUCUUCAAGCUGAUCACUUCAACACUCGCCUCAGCUUUGGAGAUGCUGCUCAGACACUCUGGGCCCGGACAGGAUACCUUGGUUUUGUCCGCCGGACUGAGCUCACCGCGGCCACUGGAGAGCGUCAUGAUGCAUUAUAUGUGGUGGGAGCUCUGGAUGAAACGCUGGAGCUGAGAGGAUUGCGCUAUCACCCGACUGACAUUGAGACCUCAGUGUCUCGGAUCCACCGGAGCAUUGCUGAAUGUGCCGUGUUCACGUGGACCAACUUGCUCGUGGUGGUUGUGGAACUAUGUGGCUCUGAACAGGAGGCCCUAGACUUGGUUCCUCUAGUGACCAAUGUGGUCCUGGAAGAGCAUUACCUCAUCGUUGGCGUUGUGGUUGUGGUGGACCCUGGUGUCAUCCCAAUCAACUCCAGAGGAGAGAAGCAGAGGAUGCACCUACGUGACAGUUUCCUAGCUGACCAGCUAGACCCCAUCUAUGUGGCUUACAACAUGUAGCCAGCCUUUGGGGAUUGACGGGCCAUCCUGAAGAACCAUACAGUGAAGAAGACCCGUGGCUAGGAGCAAGUUUUCAAAUGAUGUGAAAUAAAUUGAGAUGGCUACAUUACAUCCUUCAUCUCAUCCUGCGGGAUUCUGCAACAUGCAGCAGAGGAAAGGGGACUGCUGUGGUGGUGAACGAAAAAAAUGUUCACAGCCUCUGAGAUACGAGCUUUGGCGUAGCCGGAGCUGCACGUUCCUGAAGGAAUUACAUGCAUGUUGCAUUUUUUUCAUCUGUUGUACAUACUUGUAUUUUUAUCUAAUGCCAUUUUAGAAUUUUAUAAGGGAGUUUAAUGAAUUCAUAUGAAAGGGGGUAGUCUGAGUUACAGUUCCCCGCUCUGUACUGUAUUUUGCCAUUUUACUGUAGCUAGAUGUCCUGCGGGUUUUGUUAACACGGAACUACUUGGCUUACUUUCAUUCAACCCAUGCGACUCAGAUAACCCACUGAAUACGAGAAUUACUUUAUAUACAGAAUUCUUGACUGUAAAACAUUUGACCAGUGUUUUAAACAUGUAAAUAGGACUACACAUAAUUCAACUAAAGAAUUGAAGAAUUGGCUUGUAUGAUUAUAAUAACCAAAGUAGAAAUAUUUCUACUUUGAGGGGAUUUCAAUAUUCUCUUAAUGUAGUGUAAUUGAUUAGGUAACUAAAACAUGCAAAUUGUUCGCAGAUUUUGCUGCACAUCGUUCUAUGUCUUUGUUGGCUGGUGUAUUUUAUAAACUAAAGCUGCCUAUGUUUGUUUUUAAAGCUUGCAUUCCCAGAAUCAGCUUAAGCGUCUAAGAAUUCAGCUUGUUUCUAUAAGCUGAAAAUCUCAGUUUAAAAAUCAAAUUGUUAAGAAAAAGCUAAGAUUCAUUAGAUCCCACCCUAUUCUAAGGAACUCACUCUUGCCCCAGUGUUGAAACUUAUCUUUCAAAUUUAGGGUGACUACAUAAGAAUUUAGAAUUUCCUCUUUUUCCAGACCCAUUGUAAACUGUGUCUACAGUUUAAACAUAGACCUUCUGCUUUUUUGAAAACUGAAGAGUGUCCUCUGUUCUUCCAGUUUGUGAGGGCAGGGAGUUUAAAAACAAGAAUGAUAAGCUGGGAAGGCAGUGGGAUCAACCAUCGCAUGAAACUUUAAGACCACAUAACUACACAGCUCAAAACUGACCACUUUGGGUUGCCAAAAUAGUCAGGCUUAUGCUGAAACAGGGGAAGUCGGAUGUAUGCAAGAAACUCUUUUGAAAUAACUCUGGUGCCCAACAGGCCAAGCAGACUGAGUAUGGGAUCGAGUUUGGCUUCUGGCUCGGUUUCCUUUCUUUGGUCUGAUACUUCAUGUAUUUGAAUAUAGUUGAAUUUUAUUAUUUUUUUCUUACAGAAAUAUUUUUAAAAAUUAAAAAAAAAAAAAACCUCAAAAGUGAAAAGAGUUAACUCGUUAAAUCAGAAUGGUUCUCUUUGACCCACUCUGGUCUAUUGUGUAAAUAUUUAUUUAGACUAUUUUAAUAAUACAUAUUAUUUACCCCACUGUAACAUCAUGUAAACUAAAUAUGUUUUUAAACAAUUUUUAAGACUUGUAAUUACCCUGAAAAUAAGGUUUAUAGUGCAAAGACCAGACCCUUCACUAUGGGGGCACCCCUGGGCUGCCCUUACAGAGUCUCAUGACUCAAAGCCGCUUUGUGACUCCCUUUUACAUAAUCCUCUUUUCUUCCCAGCUCAUUCUCCAGAGAAUAAACCUCAAGACAUUUCUCAGUUCCAGAUCUCUUUUUCAACAUUUUGGGUGGGAUUCAUUUACACUUCAUGGGGAAAGGCUCUAGAAUGUACAGGAACAAAGCACCUAAACUGGGCAAACAAGAAACCCCAGAGUCUAGCGUUGUUUGGCAGAGAAAACAGCCUGAUUAUUUGGAAAGCAGUUGUCUUACAACUUUUAAUGACUCCCUAAACAAAAUGGGAACCUGAGGAUUAAAAUAGUUCUAUAUCCACAAUCCCCAAAUUCUAAGAGAAAAGUAUAGACAGAUUCUAUCUUGUGUCAUAAUUCUUACUAACACAAGUUAGACUGUGAGCAUCUACCGGGAUGCAUUGUCUGCUAUAAAUGUGAGCCAUAUCUGCAGUUUAAAAGUGUCUAGUAACCAUUCUUUAAACAGUAAAAAGAAGCAAGUGAUAUUGACUUUAAUAUAUUUUAUUUAACCCAGUAUAUAAAAAAAUACUAUCAUUUCAACAUGAAAUUAAUAUGAAAGUUGAGAUAUUUUACAUUAUUUUUAUUUCUUAUUAAGUCUUUAAAAUCUAGUGUAUAGUACGUCUCAAUUCAGACUAACUGUAUUUCAAGUCUUCAGUAGCCCAACAUGGCUAGUGGCUACCAUAUUUAACAGUGUAGAUCUCUACCCAUUGCUUCAAGUAAAACACUCCGCUAAUUUCAGAGUGUGGCCAGUUUGGGGGCUGAUUAUCCAUCUUGGUGGUUCCUCAGGUCUCUAAUUUCUUCAUUUUGUUUGCUUGCGGCCAUGUGGCUGCUUUUUUGAUCUUUUGCAGAGUAUGCUAGUGGAAGAAAGAGGGCUAAGAACUGUCCCUGCAGGACUGCCUAGUUAGGUGUCCUCUGGAAGGAAAGGAAAGAGGGUCGGUCCAGUCAUUAGCUUAGAUGGGGUUUGUAGGAUCAUCUGCAGAUUAAGGCUUAGUCUGUCACAGUUUUGAGUAUGAAAAUGUCCUGUGACACAUGCUCUUGCUCUUUCCACAUUAAGUGGAACCCUUAACAGAACUGAUUCCCAAGGCAAGUCCAAAAGGUCAUGGUUGACGAAAACACAGCCUUUCCAAUACUCUGGAACAUGUUCUGUCUGGGAAAUAUACCUGCAGAAAAAAAUAAACAGCAAGCUCCAUCUCAUUUCAGAGAAAUUCCUUGGUCUAAAAGAUUUCUGAAUCUCUUUCUGGUUCUCAGCAGAAGUAACUGAGCUAGAUCAGGAAGGGUCUGCUUCAAGAAGAUUCCUAGGCCCUGGGGAUUCUUCAAGCUGCACAGACACCAUCCUUUCCGUCAGUGACACCCUGGGAAUACCAGUAUACUGACCAGCGUCAGGGAAUCCACACAGUCUUCACUCCUUCCCUGUACCAGGCCCUGUCCUCCCGAAGCCCUGCUGUUUAGGGACCACUGCCUGUCUCGACUGUGUGAGUGUGUC